AUGAAGCUCAACGUCCUCGUCCUCGCGGCCUCGGCCCUGGCCGCGCCCGCGUCCAACAUGGUCGUCCACGAGUCCAGAGAUGCCAGCCACGUCGGGUACACCAAGGGUGCCGCCGUCGACACCAACACGCGCGUGCCUGUCCGCAUCGCUCUGAAGCAGCGCAACCUGGACAAUGCCAUGGACCUCCUCCUGCAGGUGUACGUUGCCAUCCCUCUCUCUCCCCGCUCUCCCACCACUUCAACUGACACACACAGCUCCGACCCCAACUCGCCCGACUACGGCAAGCACUACACCGAGGACCAGGUCGUCUCGACCUUUGCCCCCGACGGCCAGAGCGUCGCCGCCGUCAAGUCGUGGCUCGUGGCCUCGGGCAUCGAUGCCUCGUCCAUCAAGCACAGCCAGAACCAGGGGUGGCUGACGUUUGAGACGACGACGGGCAAGCUCGGGUCCCUGCUCGACACCACGUACAGCCAGUACACGCACCCGACGCGCCAGGGCAUCUACAUCGGCACCGACGCGUACAAGCUGCCCAGCGCCGUCGCCGAGCACGUCGACUUUGUCCAGCCCGCCGUCGCCCUCGCCGCCACCACCAAGAUUGUGCGCCCGCCCCUGCCCAAGGUGCCCUUCUGGCCCGUCAGCGAGGCUCUGUCGACGCAGGCGUCGACGUGCCCGACGCGCAUCACGCCCACCUGCCUGCGCGCCAUGUACGGCUUCGCCCAGGGCACCCUCAAGGACGCCUCCAACGACCUCGGCAUCUACGAGGAGGCCGGCGAGCAGUAUAUCCAGUCCGACCUCAACACCUUUUACAGCAAGUACGCCAGCUACGUGCCCAAGGGCACCGCGCCCAAGAACGCCCCUGUCAACCAGCAGAGCAGCACCCAGGACAGCGGCGAGGCCGAUCUCGACUACGAGAUGGCCGUGCCCAUCAUCUACCCCCAGGGCACCGUCAACUACGAGGUCGGCGUGCCCGACGACGCUCUGAGCUUCUUCGACCCUCUUCUGGAAGGCCUCGAUGCCUCCUACUGCAACGACAGCGGUGAGUGCGGCAAGUACAAGUCCACCAACGUCAUCUCCAUCUCGUACGGUGUCGACGAGGCCGACUUUAGCGCCAGCUACGUCAAGCGCCAAUGCAAUGAGUGGAUGAAGCUUGGUCUUCAGGGCGUGUCUGUUCUCAUCUCCUCGGGCGACUCUGGUGUGGCCAGCCGCGAGCGUGAGUGCCUCGGCAACAACCAGAACGUCUUCGUCCCCGGUGUUCUCGGCGGCUGCCCUUACAUCACCUCUGUCGGCGCCACCCAGCUUCCGGCCGGGUCCAGCCCCGGCGACGCCGAGACAGCCACCAUGGAGCGCUUUUCCUCCGGCGGUGGCUUCAGCAACGUCAACCCUGCUCCCGACUACCAAAAGUCUGCCCUCGCCACCUACUUCUCCCAGCACGACCCCGGCUACCCAUCGUACAACACCACCAACGGCGUCAUUCCCAACAACGGCGGCAUCUACAACCGUGCCGGUCGCGGCUACCCCGAUGUCUCCGCCAACGGCCUCUACGGCGUCGUCGUCGUCAACGGCAAGGACGGCACCAGCGGCGGCACGUCGCAGUCUGCUCCCAUCUUCGCCGCGCUCAUCAACCGCAUCAUCAACGAGCGCAUCAAGGCCGGCAAGAAGGGUCCUCUCGGCUUCCUCAACCCUACCCUCUACCAGAACCCCGGCAUGUUCAACGACAUCACCUCGGGCGACCAGCAUCUUGGCGGGCCCAACGGCGACGGCGCCGCCAGCGAGUGCGGCAACAAGGGUUUCUCUGCCGUCGCCGGCUGGGACCCCGUCACUGGCCUUGGAACUCCCAACUACCCCAAGCUUCUUUCCUUGGUAAAUAAGUUUGGAAUAUAUUCAUCUCUGACUCUACCUUCAACUGCAACCACCGGCCGUCUUCCAACCCACUGGGAUAUUCUACCUUCAUUAUCCCACCAUCUAGGACGCUGCGGACUGCGCGGCUCGAGAAACCCUGUAUUUAUGAAACCACUCAAAUUUUAUCCCCGACCACUGGAAAAGGAGGCGUCAGACGGCACGGCGCGGAAUUCCGGCCGCGAGUGGUGCGCUUCUUAG